CUGGGAGAGCCGAAACCUCCCGCAACAACGUGCCAGUGUUGCGGGAAGCGCGUCGCUCAUGGGGGUCUCGAGCGGCACCUCGAAACCCACACCUCGGAUGACAGAGAGGACCUCGUCCAUUGCAUUGGAACACCUCCCGAACUGCAGCCUUUGGACGGAGUGCAGCGCGAGAGGUACCUGCACAAGACGACAGGCAAGCUGUUCGUGGGGAAUUAUGGCAUUGGCUUCAGCGAGCGCGGCGCGUACUUGCGUCAACUACGACAGGGGACGUGUCUGCCCAGAGCACACACUGGCACUCGGGCAAGUCAUCGGCGGAAGUCGGCUUGGGCCACGGAGGGGCACUUACACCACCCGAUGCGGACCAUGGGCAACUCGACCCCGAUAGCAUUUCUAUACGCGGGGCAAGGGUAGCUUCGACAGCGACAAUAUCUGCAGAGUCAUCUUCCGCUCAGUCAUGACGCGCAGAGCGAGCACAACAGCAGGAAUCGCGCACAAACGAACAGUCGCACAUCAUGUCUACACUCGGCUUCGGUUGUUGAGUACCGGCUCGUUGGGACGGCACCGUCACGUCGGCUUGAUUUCAAAAGCAAGCGGCGGGCUGCGUUGCAUCCAGACAGCUACUCGCUCAUCGACCACAUCCCGGGCCGUGCGACUACACUGCAACGUUCUUGCCUUCGGAGGAAGCAGCCUUCAGUGGUCAAUCCAGCGUCGGGUUCGCUAUCUAUGGCACUACGGCCUCCAAAUCCGGCGCGUACAACAUCAGCGUGGUUCCUCCUCCGGACAGCCUCCCUUCCAUCAUCCAAUACAAUGCGUUGACAGCAUUCGAAGUUCUGGACGCGCUGAAGCCCUUGGCGACGGGCUUGAACGAGACGAUGGACAUGACGAACACGAUCCGCGACAAGACGUCGACAUCGGUCCGAUCCUGCACAGUGCUGUGCAAACGUCGAGCUCUCCGAUCAGUGCAAGUUCGACGUCAAGCGCGAAGCCGUCUAACAUCGGGUCCGUCAGUUCUGGAGCCGCGACGUCGGGCGGGCGACAUCUCAAUCCGGGAGAUAUCGCUGACCUAGCGAUCGGAUGCGCUGCAUGCCUCUUCAUCGAUCAUCUCCUGGGCCAUCAUAGCUUUUCUGCGGUCGCACCGACCUGCGAGAAGUAGCUAUUCUGGAUACGCAUCCGAGAAGUCGUUCACGUCGCUUUACCGAAGACAUCGCUACCAACGCGGGGCUCGAGGAUCGCCUCCUCUGAGGAUGGACCUCAUCGAGCCCGAGGCCGCCGUGAUAGGUGGAGAGCGUGAGCCAAUGAUUCCUGAACUCGCAGUAACAGCCUGUA